CUCCCUGCGAAAACAAAGAGUAAAACACCUUUAUUUCACUACUGCAAACAACAGUCGACGACACACACGUCUGCCCUGUGAUACUCCGCGGUCCCACCCAUAAAACAUACCAGGAAUCUGACCCUGGUGCUCCGGUGUGUGCAGCUGAGUCUGGGAGGGGCAUCCGUCCGCACGUCCGGGCAAUGGCGGAUGGGGAAGCCACCUUGUCUGUGGAGUGGGACAGCCGUAAUGGGGGCUUAGCAGAAUAACAUCCCACUUCUGCGUGUGUAUUUUCUCUGUUUAGCUUGGUAUUCAUCUCUCGCCAUGGAUCCAGAGAAAACGCUGACAUUCUGCCUCGGGCUGAAGGCUGAGGAGAUGACCAUGUCCCUGCAGGGGCUGGAUGGGACUGAAGCUGCUACGGUGCCUGUUUCUCAGAAGGAGCCUGACAUGCGCACAGUGAAUAAGGUGGUAAAACAUCACGGAGGCUCAGGUAGCCAGGCUGGUGUCAGUCCCAAGUACUGUCCAGGGGUCAACAACAACCCAGGCUACCUGUGUGAAACAGGGCACUGCUGCGGAGAGACGGGCUGCUGCACUUACUAUUAUGAACUCUGGUGGUUCUGGCUGCUGUGGACGAUGCUGAUCCUCUUCAGCUGUUUCUGUGCUUACCGCCACCGCCGCGCGAAGCUGAGGAUCCAACAGCAGCAGAGACAGAGGGAGAUCAAUCUGAUCGCCUACAACGGAGCCAGCAACUACCCUUCGUCUAUGCUGGACCUCAGUUUUCUGGCAUCCUUCAAGUUGCCCUCCUACGAGGAGGUGGCUGCUCAGCCCUGCACACCUCCUCCGCCUUACAGCUCCGUCUUCGCCCUGCAAGGAGGUACCAUGGGGGGUCCUAGCUCCUCUUAUCCUCAUUAUCACCACCACCGUCACCCCUGCCCUCCCUAUCUGGGCCCCGGUCCCGGUACCGGUACCGGUGGCCUGACUUCCUCCCAGAGCUCUGACAACUACACCAGCUGCUCCUGCGAGUCGUGCUCCCUCACCUCCCCCUCCAGCACCUCCUUCUCUCUCCAGGUGACAGACGAGACAUACAACAGCAGCCACUUCUCCACACCCAGUGAAGCAGGGUGCGACUGUGCCGUCAUGCCGAGGCUGGGUGCCAACUUCACUCCGACUUCUUCCCCGACACCUCCUUCACAAGCUCCACCUGAUGUUAUACCUGCCGCCGCUCCAGAUGUCAUACCCGUGCAAAGACGGUCCCCUAACGGCAGUGAAGGGGUCCUUCCUCCAGCUCUCUCUCUUCCUUUACACUCUCGUCCUUCACACCCUUCUCGCCUCCCACUUUCUCCCCUCAUCCUGUUAUCUUCCCUCCCUCCCGGUCAAGUCCAUCCUCUCGUCUUCUCAGACCCACUUGGAGCCAUUCAGAGAAGCAAAGAAGAAGAGGUCCUGCCUCGUGGUCCAAUUCUCAGGCCCACUCUGUCCCCCCCUAAACCGUGUCUCUUCGCUUCAAAUGUUGCUGUCUUAACACAUUACAACAACAACAACAAAGAGGAGCAAAAACGAGAGGAGGAGGAAGAGGAAGAAGAAGAGGACGAGGAAGAUCAUUUCCGGCAUCGAAGGCUAACGGGUGACUCGGGCAUCGAGGUAUGUCGUUGUCACGUGAAGAGAGAAGAGCAAGAGGAGGAGGAACUGCAGAAAGGGCUUUUUGGGAAAGGUGGAAAAGAGGCUUUGCAGGAAGAGGAGAGGGCAGACGUGCUGCAUGACAGCAUGGACUGCUCCCUGAGAGCGAAGGCUGCAGCUCACUCACCACUAUCUGACGACUGCGCUGAACAGUGUGGCCACGUCUCUUCAUCCUCGAGAAUCAUCAAGAAGAAGGGCGAGGCCAUCAUCACUGUGCAGUCCUCGUAAGCUGACAGUCUCGGAGAUGUGGUCCAAAAGAGGAAAGAGUGAGAUGAUAAUGCUUGAUAGCAUCUUCAUGGAUCAAGACUAGUAGGUGAAAAGUCACUGAAGAAAAGUCUUGCAGGUUUAACUUAAAUGGUUGGAGACAGGAUGAGAAAUGAAACCUCUUUAAAUGAGAAACUCCAAGGGAAGCCGACACCUGAAAACCCUUUUUUAAGUUUAUUUAUUCUCUGAAGUGAUGAAAAAUCUUAAAUAAUCACUAUUUUCCCAUCUCCAUUUUUCUAGUGGCUCAGUGUGAUAUCCCUAUGUCCCUUUACUGUUUGCAUUUCAUCUUUUAUUCUCUGCAUGAUGCAACACUGAUAAAAAAAUAUUUUAGUUCCUUAGAAAACAACAUGGCUAAUAGUCAGUGGUUCCCAGCCUGGUGGUCAGAAACCCCCCAAGACGUGUCCCCAAGUGUCUUGCGAUUAACAGUGUAAGAAAGUAGGAACUCAUUAUCAUACAUAAACUACAUGAUGACGCUCCUCUAAUCUUUUUUAUGUGAAACUAUUAAUAGUUUUAUGGCGAUUUAAAGUUGUUCAAAUAAAACAAUCGAGAGGCGAAAAUCAAUCUUUAAAGGGCCUGUUUUGAAAGUCUUGGCGUAUGCAAUGUGUGAGGGGGCCACACAUUAAUAUUGCUUUAUUUUAAGGGUUUACACAAAACUAUGGAUGGGAACCCCUGCCUGAAAACCGUAUAACUCAAAUCAUCCAGACAGCAAUGAGGAAGAUCAACUUACAUUGUUUUAAAUUGAACAAAUGAUAUUGUAGGAGUUUAUGAAGUUAAAUCACUCACCAAUUUAUUUUCAAGACCAGCUCUAACUAAUUGUGUCUCUUGAUCCUGUUGUAUAAUCUUAAUUCACUGGAUCCUAUCUUUGAAGGAGGUUCACAACUAUUGAACAAAGUUUGAGGUUUUGGUGAAAUAUAGUGACCUUUUUAGUUGUAAGGUGAUUUUGUUUGCUUUCACCAGCCUACUUCCCUCUAUUUUAGAGGAAAUAAGAAGGGAACCAUUAUGACUGAAUUGUGAAGGGUGUGUUUUAAUACAUUGUGUCUUAUGUUGCUCCCAAUAGGAAAGGGGUGCCAACUUUAAUUAUAACGUGUGGGUGGCAAAGCUUUACAAUGGUAUUGUAUUGUUGUUUCAGACUGUUACAUGAUUAGACUGUAUAAUGAACUGACUGUUUGACUUUGGAAUUAAUGUUGUUAAACAUGUUUUCCUGGAUGGUCGUUGCCAUUUUUUUUUUUGCUAGGCAACGUAAAUUUGAUCCCUCCAUAGGCGGACUGUUGGGCUUUUAUGAGGCAAAAACUUUAAGCCUAGUCUCCUCACUGUUACUGAAUGUAAAAGGUUAUGCAUCGCAACAAAAACAAACAUUUAAAUUGUUUACGGAUCAUUUUUAUAGCAUGCAGCUUGACUGAAAACCCUCUGGUAAAGUGUCCUAAACUGCAGUAAGGAAAUACAAUAUGCCAGGUGUGGGGUUUUAAAUAAUUUGCCGAUUGUAAUGUCGGUCGAGGCAAGAAAUGAUUAUGGGAUAUCAAAGGUGUAAAUGUACGAGGUUAAGGGUUUAAAGUGAGAGUAAUGCCUCUUUUAUUGUUGCUGUGGCUAAAACUUGGUCACUCCUGAGAAAUGGGCUGCUUUUCUCUUAAUGUAUCCUGGCUGAUCCUUUUUUUGUAUGUAAGAUCAUUUGUCAGUUGCACAUUGUGUGUCAGUAGAGAAUAGCCUUAGUGUGAGGUUGAAACUUGUGAUAGAUGCUCUUGCCUGCUAGGAUUGUGUGAAACCAGAUGAUCUUAGCAGUGGGAAUAGCACAAAUGUACUCUUGUAAUUAAUUCUCAGUGCAAAGUGUACUAAAGCAUAGAACAACAUUUAGAAAAGCGAGAACGUCUCCAUCACAUUUUUGUAAAUGUUUGUCUCGCUUUAGUCAUUAUGAGACAAAUGUGUAGUUCAAUGACUAGACUUCACUUCAUUGUGUCCUUGGCUCAGUGCAAAGCCACCUUAAAUGUCUAAAGUCGAAGGCAAAGCUUUCAACUCAUUUAUGGUUCUACAGAGUGAAAACAUUGCCUAGGUUCAGCUCAAUAUGACCUUUAUUUGUCACAGACUAAUCUUGUUUGUAUAUUGAGUCUAAGCAUGUUUUGGUUUGUUAUGAAGGUCAUUUUAACAUCCUCUGAUCAUCUCUGUUGAAAGCUCUUCUGCGAUGACUCAGAGGUGUGUCUCAGAGGUGAAGGAUGGUCUGACGGAGACUGUUCCCCCCUCUGAACAUUUCAAUAUGAAAUCCUUCUGGUGGCUAUGGUACAUUUUUUGGCUAUAGACUGGACAGUUUUUAUUUUGUGAUAAGCUCUAAUGUGCGUUUAUCAAAGUAUAUGGUGCCUAGAUGAAAAUAGACUUUCUGUAAGGCAUUUUUAUAGUUUCCUGCUGCUAUGCGAGUGUAUAUGUGUUUUAUGUAAAUUGUAAAGUCGUACAUCAAAUGGGCAAACAUUUUCUAGCAGUGCUUAGCGGUCUCUUUAUAAAAUACACAGUACAAAGUACAUGUGAGACUUGCAAAAAUAGUAUUUAGCAAUAGUAUUCACACUUUAUUCCUUACUCUAGUUAAUGCUGGUUGAUAGGAAAUUAACUGUUGUGAAAAAGACAUUUACCUCUUUAUUACUGAUCCGUGAGCUGUUCUGGGCAGAGGCCUUUGAUUGUACAUGACUCUGCAUUUUAAUGCCUUGGCUUAAGGUUCCUCCCAAGUGCAAACAGAGAUUAUCUGGUUUUUCCUAGGCCCAGUUGUGCCUGUCGUGUAUACUCAUUAUGUUGGGGUCACAGAGCUAAGCAUCUGUGUUUCUUAAAAAUAUAUUUGAUGACGUUAUUUCAAGAAUCCCCUAAAAUUAGAUAAAGGUUUGAAGACAUUUCUCAAAUGCAAGUCUUGUUUUCCUAAUCCACACAAAGACGGCAGCUGUACAAUAAUGUAUGCCCUUGCUUCAUGUGCAACGUGGACCAAAAUUCACUUGUUUUUUUUAGCUGUUAAAUUUUCUAUAUUGAUGUUACUUUCUAUUUUUCAUAUAUAGUAUAUAAUUUAUUUGGUCUUUGGCCCAUAUGCAACAUGGCCAAAGAGGUAAAGUCAGUAUAAAGGCACAAAGAAAGUCAAUAUACAUAAAUAUUUACAACCAUUUGUGAGCAUUGGGAUUUAGGGGAAGUGGAAAGUGUGUCUUAAUUCCCGUCGAUGGCGAUUUGUGUGUGUCAAUUUUACAUUGCUCAACCAAACGAUGAAAUAUUAUGUUAUGAAAAUUCUAAAUAAUUAGAAUGGCUUGUCAAAUAUGACGUGGUUUAAAUCAGCUAGGUCGGGUUUUAAACAGUACAAGCUUGUCUGUGCUUAAAAAGUAGAAAGGAAGGACUUUAACGUUGUCAAAAUUACUUUUCUUUUUUAAAUUGUAUAUGCAGAACUCUGGAUCUGGUUUUAGACAUAAAAAAAGAAAACACCUUAUUUAUAUAUUCUUAUUGUGUCAUACUCAUAAAUUGGAAAUAGAGUUGAAAUUCAGGAAAAGAUAAAAGAAAAGUACCUUUUUAUUUUACAACAGAUUGAUAAAGGCAUCCUUGUUUGAUUUGAUCAGUGUUGUCAUGUUGUUAAAUGAAUUUUAGGUAUUUCUUGUUCAAACGGAUGUUUAGCUCUGUAUCUCGAAUGUAAUUGUAAGAAACAAGAGGCACAACCAGAGGCUACUUGGAUCCCAGCUCUGAUUUGACGUUGAAGCCAAACUGUCCUGAUUUCAGUGUAUAUAGAACUAUUUUGAUUUACUUUCCUUGUCAGAAGCUAGUAUGUACAAACAAAAUGCCCAAACUCUACCCUCAUUGCCACUGAAGGCCAAGGCCUGAUAUAAGACUGUUACCUCGCUGAGUUUUGACUGCAAAGGACUGUUUACUUCAACUUAUCAAGAUAGUAUUUACUCUAUAUUUGUACUGACUUUAUUUUGUGAUGCCGAGAAUUGAAAAAUUGAAAUUGAAGAGCUCAUGUUGGUACGGCUGAAAUGCUGUUUUGCCUGGAAAAAACAAAAAUAUAAGUCUCUGUUAAUUCAGGAUUACUCAAGACUGUUUGCCCCCGGGAAAGUGUUCUCCUCUUUUACUCCUGCAGCUACAAGACAGCAGGAUUUUUAGAAGUAUCUCUAUGUGAUUGUAUGUGGAUUAGUUCAGAUAAAUAUUGCUACAACAUGUGGUGUUCUUUGAGGGUAUCCUUGUGCAAUUCUACCUGCGGCUCUACAGUGUGUUGUACGCAUGUGUGAGAGAGUUAUCGUUGGCCGUGUUGCUGUGCUGUUUAAAUCAUCGUUGCUUAUUAUGAGGCCAAUUUGAUUGUUGUUGGUAUUUGUUAACAUGAUAUUUGUCAAUAUAAAUAUCCAAACAUGUUUGUGUCAUCAUGAAUAUCAAGUUGAUUUUGUAUAUUGGUGUAUAGCAUAGAUAUUUCUGAUGCUUACUCUGAUGUAAAAUCCAAACUAGCAGAUUCUGUCAUAUCUUUAGAUAUUUGUUUGGUUGCACAUUGUCCUGGUGCUGUUUUUCCCCAGAAGGCGCAGUAUUUCAUUUUCUUCAAUUCGAGGUUUUUAAAUUGAUGCUCUACCUUGUUGAAUACAGACAUCUGCGCUAAUUUAUUCAGCAAAACUGUGGAUUUUGUGUCAAAAAUAAAUGCUUCAAAAUGCUAACAAA